UAUUAGUGACGCAAUUUGGAGUUAUUCAAUAGCGGUUGCUUUUGUGCUCAGAAUGCGUCUGUAAUUGAAAUCCUUCUCUCUUAUGACACCAUUGUAAUUAUUAUUUUUCCUGCGAUAUGGACUGGCGAAGCAGUUAGGAGUCAGAGGACUCGAAGAAAAUAAAACAUGAAUAAAGGGUGGCUGGAACUCGAAAGUGAUCCAGGACUCUUCACGCUGCUGGUGGAGGAUUUUGGUGUUAAAGGAGUCCAGGUGGAAGAGAUUUAUGAUCUUCAGAGCAAAUGCCAAAGCCCUGUCUAUGGAUUCAUUUUCCUAUUCAAGUGGAUCGAAGAGCGGCGGUCCAGAAGGAAGGUGUCGACCCUGGUGGAUGAAACGUCAGUCAUUGACGAUGAGAUCGUGAAUGACAUGUUCUUUGCCCAUCAGCUGAUCCCAAACUCGUGUGCCACCCACGCCCUUCUUAGUGUGCUUCUGAACUGCAGUGGCGUAGAGCUUGGGGCGACGCUCAGCCGUAUAAAGGAGUUCACCAAAGGUUUCAGCCCAGAGAGUAAAGGUUAUGCCAUUGGAAAUGCACCAGAGCUUGCCAAAGCUCACAACAGCCAUGCCAGACCUGAGCCUAGACACCUGCCAGAGAAGCAGAACGGCAUCAGCGCAGUGAGGACCAUGGAGGCCUUUCACUUCGUCAGCUACGUGCCUGUCAAGGACCGCCUCUUUGAGCUGGACGGGCUUAAGGCCUACCCCAUAGACCAUGGCCCCUGGGGAGAAGAGGAGGAGUGGACGGAUAAAGCUCGCCGGGUCAUCAUGGAGAGGAUAGGACUGGCUACAGCUGGUGAGCCAUACCAUGACAUUCGCUUUAACCUGAUGGCUGUGGUUCCUGACCGGAGGAUGAAGUAUGAAGCUAAACUUGAGAUUUUGAAAAGGAACCGACAGACCGUGCUGGAGGGGCUUCAACAGCCCCCUCAGCUGAUCCGGAUGACCCAGCCCGAGCUGGUCCAGGACAAAAAGCCUCCGGAGGCGUCCUCGCCCGAGGACACGCCCCCCGCCGUCAAGCAGGAGCUGGACGCCGACGCCGACCCGGGGGCCGCGGGAGCGUCCGAGGACACCCCACAGACGGACUCCACGGACAGCUCGAGCCUCCAGAGCCAGCCCCAGUCCAGCGCCAGUCCGUCUGGCCGAGCCAAGGCUCUGGGCAAGCAGACUGCCCCCCUGGGGGGCGUUCCCCCUGGAAGUGCCCCCAUAGUCACCCCAAACCCCAUCGUCCAGCGCCUGCCCGCAUUCCUGGACAACCACAACUACGCCAAGUCCCCCAUGCAGGAAGAGGAGGACCUGGCGGCAGGAGUGGGUCGCUCCAGGGCACCAGGGCCCCCUCACCCUCCGUACUCGGAUGACGACGAUGACUAUGAGGAUGAAGAGGAGGAGGAAUGUAUGAGCACGGACACACCCGUCAGGUAUAAGCCUAAGAUGGGCCUGAAGGCAGAGGGAGUGGGCGGUUCAGAAGGGCAGCUGUCCCUCCUGCAGCCCGGCUCCAUCACCGCGCUGGCCGAGAAGCUGAAGGAGAGCCAGAAGAGGGACCUCACCAUCCCCCUGUCCGUCCGGACGGAGGGGCGGACCGGCGGCAUCUGCAUCACGGCCCCCUCGCAGCCCUCGCCCACGCCCAGCAACGAGAGCACGGACACGGCCUCGGAGAUCGGCAGCGCCUUCAACUCGCCGCUGCGCUCGCCCAUCCGCUCGGCCAGCGCCACCCGGCCCUCCAGCCCCGUCACCUCCCACCUGUCCAAGGUGCUGUUCGGCGAGGAGGAGGGCCGCGACUGCCAGCGCUACCACCGCGCCGUGCGCGACCUGGGGCCGGCCGUCAGCUCCGCCCUGCUGCACCUGCAGGAGGAUGGCGUGCUCUACGCGCUGGCUAGCACAGGGGACUCCCACACGGACGGAAGGAAGGCUGCCCUAGCGGGGGAGGGAGGGCCGGAGGCGAGGAAGGAGCAGAGCGCUGCGGAGGUCAAGGUGGAGGAGAGCAAGGAGAGCGCCGGGGUCCGGCCCAUCAAGGAGGACCCCUGCAGCAAACCCGCCGGGGAGAAGUACUCCCCUAAGGAACUGCUGGCGUUGUUGAAGUGCGUAGAGGCAGACAUCGCCAACUAUGAAGUAUGCCUAAAGGAAGAGGUGGAGAAAAGGAAGAAAUACAAGAUUGACGAUCAGAGGAGGACCCAUAACUACGACGAGUUUAUCUGCACCUUUAUAUCCAUGCUGGCUCAGGAAGGCAUGCUGGCCAGCCUGGUGGAGCAGAACAUCUCUGUGCGUCGCCGCCAGGGCGUGAGCAUCGGCCGGCUGCACAAGCAGAGGAAGCCGGACCGCAGGAAACGCUCGCGGCCGUACAAGGCCAAGAGGCAGUGACUGAGACGGCCUGCCAUACGGGAACACACCAAUAUCACCGCUCGUCCAUCAGGACACUCCCGAAACGCGCUCCUGUUCGGGGAACAUCGCCCACUGUUCAGCAAAUUGAUCUUUUACCGAGCAGUACACGUGAUUAAAUCCUCAUCACUGCCACUGAUCUAUCCCUGUUUACCAAAAACUGCUCAUCUUCACCCACUGAAGCCUAGCCUACUUGGCUAAGUCGUAAGAGUGACUCUGGAAGUGUUGUGCUGAGUGUGAAUGUCUUUAUUCUCGGUGCCAAUGUAGAGCAUUGGGGUGGUUUAGUGAGUCAAAGCAUUUUUAAAGGUCAGUCAUUCCUGUUUUAAGUGAAACGUGCUUUUUAAACAAGAAAACAUUUGUAUCACCAUCCUAUUGACGUGUUGGUUCAAUUCCAUCCUUCCAUGUAUGCAUGGCUGUGUUAUCCAGAUGGUCCGCUCCUACAUUGUUAUUCUCCACAAUCCAUAAAAUUCAAACACCGAUUUGCACUCUUCAUGUACUUCUCCUUUGUUGAAAGUUCAUAUACUCUGAGGUGACUCUCCCAGCUUUAAAUUUUAGUCACCUGACUUGAUCAUGUGUUAGUGUUUGUUUCUGUACAUAUCUUCUUGUCUGUGUUAGUCUCAUUUUUGCUGGACUAAAAUGUAAUAAUAUACAUACCAUGCACAUACACUUGAAUGCUUUUUUCAUUGAAAUUAAAUAAAUGACCAUU